ACUCUUUAAAUGUAUGAAGAAUCAACAGGAAUCAAUCAACAUUUAACGUCUCACCGACAUGCGAUAUGUAAUCAACGAAAGAAUUUUCGUGAUUUCGCACGUUGAUGUCCUUCGGAUCGAUGACUUGGACUAAGCGCAAGUCAAAGAGGACAUCGAACCCAAAGCCGGGGGGGGAUUCACUUGGCAAAGUGUGCUUUUACGUUGGCAAAUACCGGGUGCCCUCUUUUCUUUUUUUUUUCUCCUUUUCCCCGGAGAGAACCAGGGUUGGCCCGGGUUAGAGGUGAGUAAGGUGACCAUGGUUACCAUCGGUGACCACUAAUAAUAUCUUCUGCCCGGGAUCGCCAACCAAUGAUAGGCUGCUAACGCGACAGUCGCGGCAGGACCUCGUGCAACGCCCUGAACGACCAAUGAGGCCGUUUGCAUGUCAUACUGGUGGCCUCGAGGCCGAGGAUUUCGAUCGAAGCCCUUCGUCGCCUAGACUCAUACUAAGGGACAUCACCUAGAUCGCUCCCACUAACUGUACGACCGUCGCACGGAACACAAGUCGGUCGAUUAUGCGUCUGGUCUUUUGAACCCCGCGAAGUGUCGUGAGGUCCAAAUUAGAGUAAUAAGGUCGAGAUAAUAAGAUCAAUUUUCUCGCGAAACAAAUUGCUACCAUGGAGUCCUGCGGGAUGAAUAUUAUCAAAUACAUCCUCUUCAUCUUUAAUCUGGUCUUCGCGAUAUCCGGUAUAGGUAUCAUCGCGGCCGGUGCGUGUGUGUUAGCGGAUGUUGGUGAAUUCAAUCACUUUGUAGAAGGAAGAAUAAUGGCACCGCCUAUAGUACUCAUAGUUGCGGGAGCCAUCGUUUUCAUUAUAGCUUUUCUAGGAUGUUAUGGAGCGAUUAAGGAGCAUUACCAUAUGUUAAUCGCCUUUGCGGCAGCGCUAUUAAUAAUUUUCGUGAUCGAGCUCGCGGUGGGAAUAGCGGCGGCAGUGUUUAAAAACGAUUUCAGCAUGGCAAUGAAAGACACCCUGAAGGAAUCGAUGAAGAAUUAUUCGGAAGCUGACAGGAUGGCCUGGGACAACAUACAUAAAAAGCUGGAAUGUUGCGGCGUGGAUGGUCCUAAUGAUUGGAGCCCGGCUAAUGGAUUUACGUCAGGUUUUCCGUCCUCUUGUUGCAAGCAAGACAUGAAUAUGAUUUGUCAGAUUAAUAAUGAAGCAUUGGUGUAUCAGGAGGGUUGCUUUAACAAGCUGGAAAUGCGAGUCCACAAGGGCGCUACGGUUUUGAUUGGCGUUGGUAUCGGAAUAGCUUUUGUGGAGAUCGCCGGUAUCAUCCUUGCCUGUUGUCUCGCGGCAAUCAUAAAAAGGGAAACCGAUCAUAAAUGAAACGAGGUGUAUUAAUUUCAUUUUAUAUCGCGUCAAGCAACCGCAAAAUCUGCUAUCUCAUCGAAUUAAAAGUUUCAAUAGUAAUAAAAAAUUUACAUUUAAUUUUGAUCUCAUAUCGAUGAUAAAUCAAGAGAUCGACACAUUCUUCAUAAAACUAAGUAUUAUGAAUUUCAUUUAUAAUAUAAUAUAAUAUCGCGCAUUGUGACUUUCCGCCCGUUCUUUGCGCUCAUCUCUUACAAUUAGCAGCACAAUAAUGAAUCGAAACCUCAGACUUUACUCAAUAUAUUUAUUACAUUUUGUAACUAUGCCGUGCUUCUGCUUUUAUAUACGCAAUAAAUAUUCGUUCCCGAGAAAACUAGAGAGAUAUAUUUCUAGAAUAGAUAGAGACAUUAUAUACAUAUAUUCUCUUUUAAAUUUACAUAUAUAAAAAAAAUGCUUUUAAUUGAAAGUUAUAUCGCUAAUUAUUAGUUUAUAAUUAUAAUAUAUUUUAUAACAAAUGCCACAAUAUAGAAUAAUUGUGGAUCUAUUUGGUGUGCUGUUAAUAUUUGUCAUAUAUUAUAUAUUAAAUAUUGUAUCAUUAUAUAUAUAUAUAUU